AUGAACCUGAAACUAAAAAACAUAUUCGGCCAAUUCUCCCCAGACCUCGUAGCUCUGGUCCCCAUGACCCUGAUCGCCUUAGUCCUCAACCUAGGGUGACUCUCUUUAACAAGAGGAACAAACUGACUCCCCACUCGAAGGGGCGCUUUAAUCCAAGCCUUUAAGCGAGAAACUCUGAAGAUACUGUUCCAGCAAGCCAACCCCAAAGUUGCGCCCUGAAUCCCAGCUUUUACCUCUGUAUUUAUCUUCAUCUUGUCAGUAAAAGUAUUAGGACUACUACCGUAUGCCUUCACCUCACCAAGCCACAUAUCACUUACUUAUUCUAUAGGCAUCCCCUUCUGAAUGUCAGUAAAUAUCCUUGGAUUCUAUCUAGCGUUCAAAAGUCGACUAAGACACCUAGUACCUCAAGGUACCCCCUCCUACUGGAUCCCUCUAAUGGUAAUAAUAGAAACAAUCAGACUAUUUGCACAACCCAUUGCAUUGGGCUUGCGAUUAGCCGCCAACCUAACAGCAGGGCACCUUCUUAUUUACCUCCUCUCUACAGCAAUUUGAAUCUUAGCAAAAUCCCCCCUUAUAGCCGGAGUACCCCUCUCAAUAUUUUUCCUCCUCUUCCUUCUGGAAAUAGGAGUAGCCUGUAUUCAAGCCUACGUGUUCACUGCACUAGUUAAAUCCUACCUUGCCCAAAACCUAUAA